AUGCUGUAUAGGACGCUUUCGAGAGAAGUCAAGGAGGGCCCUUAUGAAGGCAUCGUUAAGGAAUUAAAGGCGGCGAGGUCAUCGCCAGGUGAGCGACUCAAGCUACUGAAAGAAUGGGAUACUCUGCAGAAGAGAGAUCCCGAAACUGUGAACUACUUCUGUCAUCGGAUGGAACAUCUAUCAAGGAAGUUGCAUGCUGAGGCGGACCGAGACUUCCUGUACGGCAGUAAGCUUUACCAGUGUUUGGCAGAUUGGAGAGACGCUUACCACAUGCUCACAGAGCUUGACAGGGCAGACGGUGAAGUCUACCAAGCUGUGAGAAGGGCGGCGUUACGACUGGAGCGCACUCAACAACCGCGAUCUGGUGGGAAGCAGAUCCUGAGGAAGGACAGUCGGAGUCCUAACCAGAAGGAGCAAGCGGAGAGUGCGGGUGCACACAGUAAGGGCGGUAGGCCCAAGUGUUACGGCUGUGGUGAAGAGGGAAAUGUUGUGAAAAAAUGUCCAAAGCAGGCUGCGAAGGAUGUGAAGCAGCUCAAACAGCCAGGACCAGGUCAGGCGCCCAGCAAAGUGAAAAAUGGAACGUUUUCAACCUUUGUCAAGCAGUGGUGCUGCGAAGUGCGCACAGAGGCACAGACAAAUGGCAUGACGGAAGCGUAUGGAAAGCCGUACAUCUGCAACGUUACGAUCUUUGGAAUCAUUGCGAAGGCAAUGAUCGAUACAGGAUCAGAUGUGCAGCUACAUGAUGCGCAGCCACCAUGUGUGCAGUUGCACAUAUAG